CUUCUGCCCGCUCUGGCCUCAUCCAGAAAGAGACCUGCUCCUUCAGCACAAGAGACAGAUGACAGUGGUGUGGAGAGUGGCACAGCCAACACAUGUAGCUCUGAGAUGAGCAGCCAGGCAGAUGUGGUGAGAAAUAAGGAUGAAUCUACACAGAGCUCUGCAAAGACCUUAAGUUCAUCAGCAGCCAGCAAAUCUCCCCCCAGUACUGCCCCUGCACCACCUUCAUCCACACCUGCUGUCACACAGGCAGCAUCCUCCUCUCACUCAGCAACUUCAGGAGAUGAUGGUGAAUUUAAACGUGUUACUCGCAUGUGUUUCACCGUUUUUCUGUGUUUCAUGUUCUGCUUUGUCCCAUUCCUGUUGCUCAACAUAGCCGACAAACAGAACCGUGCCCCACAGGUGUUGCACAUGUUAAGUGCAAACCUCACCUGGCUCAACAGCUGUAUCAACCCUGUGCUCUAUGCGAUCAUGAAUCGACAGUUUCGACGGGCCUACCAUGUGCUGCUCACCAAAGCCGCUGCACCUUUCUCCUGCCUCUGGACCCGAUGGCAGGCUCCGAGAACUUGAUCUCCUUCAACUUGCCUGAUAUUAGCCCAGUAUAAUAUUAUUGAUGAAAUACGUUUUGAUUUACAUUGUGACCUUUACAGUUGUUUUUCUGUGAUUUAUUAAGUAGGAAAUAAAGAGAACAAAGAGGUUGAAUUUGAAAAAAAAAAUGUGUUUCAUAUUUGAUUUGUUACAUUGCCAACAAUUCUGAGAGCUCUAUUUCCUUAAUAACGUCCAUGUCUUUACUCUAUUGUUUGAUUUUAUUUUUUAUGUAUGUACACAAUCCUGUUGUAUUUUAUCAUGGAUUGUAUGCAACAAAUUUUAUUUUGUAAUAUAUAUUCCACAGCUGUAUUCAGAAUUUUGAGCACAAAGUAACCUACACAUAACUCAUGUACUUGUCUAGGUUCCUGUUACAUCAUUUAAAAACCACCAAGGUUACACAAUCAGGACAGGAUGUUCCCCUCUAACAGAACAUGCCUUAUUAUGGUAACCCAGGAUCUUAUGACUCAAGCCAGUGUAUGAACUCUAUUGUGUCUUACUUUGCAUGCUCAUAGAGUUGCAUGACUAAUGAUAAAAGUGGUUCACAUUAGUUUGACAUGUGGAUGCCUGUUUGCCUAGGUAUUCAUUUAUGGAGAAUACCAGCAAAGAAGACAUUCACACACAGAUCUACACUGUAUCAACAACCCAGGUGUCAAAUUUUGACCCUUCCUCUGCUCGUAGAGUUCAGUUACUUUCACGUUUAACCUUGCUGGUGAUAUAUGUGCAACAAAAAAGAUCACAGCUGUCCCUGAUAUAUAAGCACUGGACUGCCAGAAACACUCUCUCACUGCCAGGUCAAGUAACAACUGAAAUGACACAAAUGUUACAUUAGACACUACCAGAACUGCACUGAUCAAUUUACCAGUACCAGAAGUAUACGUGGAAAUAAUUUUGAUAAUCAUUUUAUUCAUCUUAAGCUAAAGGCCAAACAUUUGUUGGUUCUUAAAUGAGUGUGAUAUUUUAUGUUUUUCUUUGUUACACCUGAUUGUAAACUGAGAACCGAGAUUGAUGCAGGGAAAUUAUAAAGGCCAUUUUCUGCUAUUUUCACAUUUUUAAAGUCAUAGCAAUUAACAUUUAUAGACUAAUAAAACAGUCUGUAGAAACAGUCAGUAGAUCUGUCAAUAACAAAAAAAAAUUGUUCCAGCCAUAAAUAUUACCCUACCCACCACCACCAGAGCCACACUGCCAGCACAGCUAACGCUAAAUUCUGGCUGCUAAUUCCGCUGUCAGUAAUCCAACAAAAGUGUAUGUCAUGUGAAAUUAAUUCCAUAUUAAUAAAUAUGAAUUUAUGGUGCUCUGAUCUAAAUUUGGGGAAAAAAAAAGGUGAAAGCACUUACCAAUCAAAGCAGUAUAUAAAGUGAAAACCAAUGUUACCACAAAACCUAAACUUUAAAACAAUAUUGCAGUAGAAUUAGCUUUUAAUUAAAUUAAUGUAGGCUAUUUAAUUUUAAUAUACAACUUUGAUCAACUCAGGUUUGGUGCUGCAGUCUGAACUGGCUGUGGAUUAAUCUGCACCAUUACUAGAUUUUAAUCUAGCGUGAAAUAAUAAGAAUAACAUCCCAUAUCCAUAUAUUUACAGUACAACAUUCAGUCAUUAAUGAACACAACACACAGUCAGCAGUGUCCCUUAUACUGGUGAUAACAUUUCUUUUUGAUUU